GGCUGUGUUAGAACAGAGUAAAACAGUGUAGAACAGUGUACACCAGUCUGUGGGACGUUAUGCAAAUCGCGUGCCGACCUGCGCGGACGGACGGACGGCCCGGGGUUGAGGAAGCUGCAGUAAAAAGCGGAGUACGGCUGUAUGCCGCAGUAAAAGUGCAGUAAAGCGGCUCUGUGUGAAGUUCCUGUUUCUGCGGCGCUCCGCGCGCUGUCCGCUGUGCCCCUGUCCCACACACUCCGGUACCGUCCGAGCCAGGAGGACAGGGACACACACACACUCACACGCACGCGUGGACGUCCGAUCAUCAUGGGGAACAUGGGAUGUCGAAAAUCCAAGCUGGCUGACGGCAGCAAGGAAGCCGGGGGAGAUGCGAAGAAAAAUCAGAAAAACGCUGUUCACGAUGGCCCUCUGCUCCCGGGUCAGAUGCUCCAGAAGAUGGAAGAGCGCGGUAAAAUAGUGGUGGCCCUGUACCCCUACGAAGCCAUACACCCUGACGACCUGGCGUUUAAGAAGGGCGAAAGGCUAAAAAUUCUCGAGGAGAAGGGGGAGUGGUGGAAAGCAAAAUCACUGACUUCCAAGAAAGAGGGUUACAUCCCCUUCAAUUAUGUGGCCGAAGCAGACACCAUGGAAAUGGAGCCGUGGUUCUUUAAAGACAUCUCCAGGAAAGAUGCUGAGAGGCAGCUGCUGGCGCCUGCGAACAAGCCGGGCUCCUUCCUCAUUCGGGAGAGCGAGACGUCGAAAGGCAGUUACUCGCUCUCGAUCCGAGACUCGGACAGCACGGGGACAGACGCCGUCAAGCACUACAAGGUCCGAACCCUGGACAACGGCGGCUACUACGUCUCGCCCAAGAUCACCUUCACUGACUUGACCAGCAUGGUGAAGCACUAUCAGAAGCAGGCCGACGGCCUCUGUCGGAAGCUGGAGAAGCCGUGCGCGAAGCCCAAAGCCCAGCAGCCGUGGGGCAAAGAUGCCUGGGAGAUCUCCAAAGAGUCCAUCAAGAUGGUGAAGAAGCUGGGAGCGGGCCAGUUCGGGGAGGUGUGGAUGGCGUUCUACAACAACACUACAAAGGUGGCGGUGAAGACCCUGAAGCCGGGCACCAUGUCGCCGGAGGCCUUCCUGGAGGAGGCCAACCUGAUGAAGACCCUGCAGCACGAUCGACUGGUGCGACUCUACGCCGUGGUCACCAAGACCGAGCCCAUCUACAUCAUCACCGAGUUCAUGGCCAAUGGUAGCUUGUUGGACUUCCUGAAGAGCGAAGCUGGGCGAAAACAGCAGCUACCCAAACUCAUCGAUUUUUCCGCCCAGAUUGCCGAGGGCAUGGCCUACAUCGAGAAGAAGAACUACAUCCACAGGGACCUGAGAGCCGCCAACGUCCUGGUGUCCGAGAGCCUCCUGUGCAAAAUCGCCGAUUUCGGCCUAGCGAGAGUCAUUGAGGAUGACCAGUACACCGCCAGGGAAGGAGCCAAGUUCCCCAUCAAGUGGACUGCCCCAGAGGCCAUUAACUACGGGUUGUUCACCAUCAAAUCAGACAUGUGGUCUUUUGGGAUCCUUCUCUAUGAAAUUGUUACUUAUGGGAAAAUUCCAUAUCCAGGAAUGUCCAACGGCGAGGUCAUGACAAGCGUCCAGCGGGGUUACCGGAUGCCCAUUCCAGAGAGCUGUCCCCCUGAACUCUACGACAUCAUGCUCACAUGCUGGAAGACCAAACCAGAGGAUAGGCCCACCUUCGACUACAUCCAGAGUGUGGUGGAUGACUUCUACACAGCCACAGAAGGACAGUACCAGCAGCAGCCUUAGAGGUGGUGCUCCUGCUCUGGGACCCAUCUCACUUUUACACACUGGAUAAUGUUGCAAAGACACUUUGUUACCAGGCAGUAGCACUGAGGAAAAAAUUUUUUCAAGCAAAUAUGAACCUUCUAUUUUUCCCCCCCCUCUUUUUUUUUUUAUAAGCCGGAAGAUGCAAAACAAAACCAGGGCUGUGUAUUUAACCUAUGACUUGCAAAUGUCUGGUCAAGCAAGCUGAACUUAUUUCCCCGCUGCUGCAGUAAAUGUUGUUUAGGCACAAGGAUCGUCUUUCAUCGUCCCGAUACGAAGGGGAACAUGUAAAUUCUCGGACGAAACCACCUCCGCUUUACAUACAAGAAGUCAUGGAAACGGGAACCAGUGUUGGAUGUACAGCAUAUGGAAGAAAAACAUGUUGAUUACAUUCAAGCAUUUUCAGCAGAUAUUAUGAUCUCACAGACAUGAUUUUACCAGAGAAGGGCUUUGCCACAUUAAUGAGGACUUGACCUAUACUUCCUGUUCCAUACAAGGGCAGCAAUUUAGUCCUUCAGCUUUUUUCUACCAGCCUCUACCAAAGGGUUGUAAAUUCCUGUUUGUUAACCAACUUAUAAAUUAUAUUUUGUAUAUGUGAUUCUUUAAAAUGAGCUGUGUGCAAUAGAUGUACAAAUUUAAGGUAGCAGGGUUUUCUAAGUAAAGACUUUAAACCAGUUAUGACUUUUUUUCCCCCC